CAUUAGUAUUGUUCAGCUUCCGUGAGAUAGGACAAAACGCUUACUCUAAUCCACGGUUCUUUUGAUCUUGUAGGGACCAAAACCAAAGAUGCUAACAAACGCAGUGUAUGGUUCCGAAAACGACGACGAAGCGGGAGAAAGUGGAUCCUCGGCUCGACAGGGCGAACAAAGCCAGAGAGACUCAAGCGGACCCCAUGAUGAGAGCCACAUCGAACACAAGGAUGAGGGCAUGGCCUUCUUUCGACCUAUCAUUCAGCGUCAACGAUGGGGCGAUGAUCAAUUGCCGGCCCACACUGACUGGGGGAAUAUUUUCUUUGACUUGUUUUAUGUAGCAGCUGCUUACAACCUAGGAAGCUUACUGCGAGAGGAUCCAUCAAGAAGAGGGCUCCUUUACUUGACCGGCUGUUUUUUGCCGAUUUUGAAUCUCUGGAAUUACAAAAUGGGCUUCUUGGCCCGCUUCCGGAUCCCUCACGAUGUCUACCACCGUGUAUUCGAGGUGAUGUAUCUCAUCCCAUUAGCGACAGCCGUUACACACAUUCAUCACGUACCAAUUCUUUCGGAUCCGGAGCGCCAUCUCGAUAUGUUCGUGUUUUGCUGUAGUAUCACGCUCGCCGGUGCAAUGUACUUGAUCGUUUUGGUCGAAGUAAUGAUUUCGCAACGAAUGGGAGCAAAGGAACUCUACCCCGAAUCCUGGUACAUGGCCCAGAAAUUGAUUUGGAUUUCAGCCGUUCCCACACUACUGGCUUUGUGUGCGACGGUGUAUACUGGCAAGAUGUACUUUGAUAGUUCAAAGAAGCACGCAGUCUAUAACGCCUCGUCGGGGACCGGCGACUUCAAUGGUACCUCCAACGUAACUGGUGACGUUCCUCAUCUGCGCGAUUUGGCAUCGUCGGAAAGUCACGAAUACAAUGGGGGAGCCGAAGACGACGUCGCCAUCUGGCUUCUCAUUGGGAGCAGCUUUGCAAAUAUUGCAACCAUGGGGUUUAUAUUCCUUGGCAAUCGUUGGUGGAAGCCUAGCGUGCCAACUACAGAUUCUCAAAAGUACACUGUCCCUAUGAAUAUCGAAUUUUCCAUUCAUCGAUACGGCGAGUGGACAAUGUUGCUUCUAGGCGAAAGCAUUCUGUCGCUAUUGAUAGUGGAUCUUAGUGAAGGGGUUCAGUACUACGAGAUAUUCUUUUGCGGCGUGAUCACUGUUGUCUUUCUCGAGUAUUUACAUUUUCGGUCGCAGCCAUCAGAAGCAAAUGACCAUGCGCUCAGGCGAAGCGCUAGUAGUGCAAUGGUCUUUUUCAUGUUUAUGCAGGUAUAUUCUAUUGCACUCGUAGUUCUUGGUACUUCGUAUAAAAUGUUCCUCUAUGAAUCCGUUUACGCCGACGAAAGUGCUGGGACCAAAAGCCGGGCACUUUUGCCCAUGUUCGAACGUUUCCUUGCAGGAAAAUCGACGGCUUCCCGUUUCGAAACUGGUGAUCGGCAGCAGAGGAUUGCUCAUUUCUUCAGUGGGAGUCUCGCGUUGGUUUGGAUAUGUUUGGAUGCUAUGAGUAUUGCGCACCGUGGCGUAAAAUCAAAUCUACAUCGACUUGAAGGCAAGAGGGGAAAGAAAAUCGCACGUUUUUUGUUGUUGCUGCGUACGGUAUUGAUUGUGUUCAUCGGGACGCUAAGUCUUUAUGUCACGUCCCCUGUUUACCUCGCAUUUACUGGCCUUGGUGGCGUUGUCGCUCAGAUUCUACUCCGCUUCUUGGGUUCGGCUAUUUUUUCUGUAGACGAUGAAUUUCAUGAGGAAGAGACCAUCGAAAAAAUUGCGACCUAUGCCAACGCCAGGUUGACUGAAUCAGGCAGGGAAUAA